ACGAAUAAUUACUCUACACCACUUUUCUUUGUUCUCAAAGAUUACUCUCAAACUCUCUCCCCAAGCACACACAUUCAGUAGCAAGUUAAACAAGGCCAUUGAAUAACCCCAUCAAGAACUAGUACGCUGUUACUAAAGAAAGAUCCAGUUGUUUAGCCAUGAUGCAUCUCAAGGAGACUGAGCUAUGCCUCGGCCUACCUGGCGGUGGUGGCCACAACCAGGAGGAACCGUUAAAGAUCACCGGAAAACGAGGCUUCUCGGAAACCACUCACCUCAAACUUAACUUUGUUCAACCAAAUGAGUCCUCCUCCUCAUCCUCGGAUGUAAGCAAGGACACCACCACCACACUAUAUGUCAAAUCACCACCAGCCAAGGCACAGGUGGUGGGGUGGCCACCGGUGCGAAACCAUCGGAAAAACGUAAUUGGUGGGAAGAGGAAGACGGAGGAGGCGAGGUUGGUGAAGGUUUCGAUGGAUGGGGCACCAUACUUACGGAAGGUGGACCUGAAGAUGUACAAGAGCUACCAACAACUAUCUGAUGCUUUGGCUAACAUGUUUUGUUCCUUCACCACCGGAAAUGAUGGGAGACAAGGAAUGAUGACAGAGUUGAUGAAGGAAAGCAGGUUGAUGGAUCUGCUUAACAGUUCUGAAUAUGUUCCGAGCUAUGAAGAUAAGGACGGUGAUUGGAUGCUUGUCGGUGAUGUCCCAUGGCAAAUGUUUGUUGAUUCAUGCAAACGGCUUCGAAUAAUGAAAGGAUCCGAUGCGAUCGGACUCGCACCAAGAGCCAUGGAGAAAUGCAGGAACAGCUAAGAUCUUCAUCAAUCAUCAAUAUUUCAAAAAACAUGAAUCUGAUUUUUUGUUUUUGUUUAAAGUUUGAUAUCUAGUAAAUAGAUAUGGGACAUUUGUAAUCAGAAUAAGCAAUGAGUUUGGGUUGGGUUGAAUUGUUUAAUAAUGAUUUUUUUCUUUUAUU